GACAAUCUUGUAACCCCCCCUCUCUAUGGAGUAGUAUAAAUAGAGAUAUGAUAUUUGAUGUACUACACACUUGAAAGAAAAGAAGAAAGUCAUCUUUACAUUGUUUUAUUCUAUAUUGUUUCUCUUGUUCUAAUAUUUUAUAUUGUUACUUUGAGCUUAUUUUUGCAAUACGUUAUCAGCACGAAGCUCUAAUCUUCAAACUCCAAGUAAUAUAUUAAUCUCUUCGACUGUGAGGUAUGUUUACUGUCAUUUUCCUUCAUAAUAUCAAUAUGCUAACAUGGUAACAGAAAGCUUUGAUUAACUUUGUUCAAGGUGAUUUAUCAGUACUACUGCCAAUCGUUGUUUUUUGUAUGUGGAAUCGGCUUUCCUUCUCUAAAAUUGGGUUGAUGUUUAAACGCUUUAAUUUUCUGUUAUAAAUCAAACAGAAAAACGUGACUAAUCUUGCUACUAAACUGAUGCAGUCUAUGUGGAUGGACUGUAGCUAUCACAAACAUUUGAAUUUUUUUAACAUAUGGUAAAUAAUUAAUUUUUCAUUCUUUCUUUGGUAAGAAUUCUGUAAGUGCUUUAUAAUUCACUAGUUCCUCUAAAACUUUACAAGUUUAGAAACGACAUGUCAUUUAUCCUACUCAGAAAAGGUAUGUUAAUGUUUGUAACAAUAAUUUUGAUCCAGGAGUAUAGGUUGUGAAAUUUUUAUAAUGGCUUUACAGUAUUGUCUUAAUUGAUCUUUGAGUGAUGGUUGUAUAAUCGAUAGUAGGAUCCUUUAUAUGUUUCAAUUAGUUCCUUUAAUCUUACUUUUCCAGUGAUGAAAAGAUUUGCUCUUUUGUGAGAAACAAAAGGGUACUAUUUGUGAAAAAGGACACUGUUUUGAGAGAGAGAAAAAAAGGUAUUCUUCUAUGGAAAAAAAAAGUACUCCUUUUGUGAAAAAAAUGUACUGUUAUUUUUUGUUUGUGGAAAUAAAGAUUCUGUUUUGAAAUUACAUUAUUUUAUUAUUUCUAACUUUAAUAUUUUUAUGAUAGUUUUGAUCAUCAUGUCGAAUUUGUCGAAGCUUGAGUUUGUGGCACUUGAUAUCUCUGGAAAUAAUUACUUAUCAUGGGUACUCGAUCUUUGAAAUUCACCUAGAUGCCAAAGGUCUUGGUGCCACUAUUACUCAGGAUAAUACAACAUCGAGUCAGAACAAAGCAAAGGCAAUGAUUUUCCUUCGUCAUCAUCUAGAUGAAGGAUUGAAGGUUUAAUACCUGACAGUGAAAGAUCCACUUGAAUUGUGGACUGGUUUGAAGGAAAGGUAUGACCACAUUAAGGUAACGGUAUUGCCCAGGGCUCGUUAUAAGUGGAUUCACUUACGGUUACAGGAUUUUAAAACUGUAUGUGAUUAUAACUCUGUUGUUUAUAGAAUUACUUCCCAAUUGAAGUUAUGUGGGGAUAAUAUAACUGACGAGGAUAUGUUGGAAAAGACUCUUACGACUUUUCAUGCCUCCAAUUUGGUAUUACAACAGCAGUACCGUGAGAGGGGUUUUAAAAAGCAUGUUGAUUUGACCUCAUGUCUUCUUGUGGCUGAGCAGCAUAAUACCCUUUUAUUAAAAAAUCAUGAUGCCCGUCCCACUAGAACUACUCCAUUCCUGGAAGCGAACGUGCUAGCAGCACAUGGCCCAGCUGAAAGAAGACCAAAUGAUCAGGGCCAUAAUAAUGAGAGUGGGCAUGGCAAGGGCAAGGGACGAUAUAAUAAUCGUCGUGAUGGUGGUCACCAUAAAAGGGAGAACAAUAUGGGUUAUCAAGGCAAUCCUUCAAGGAGCAACUGUCAUCGUUGUGGUUUGAAAGGUCACUGGAAAAAUGAAUGCCGGGCGCCUGAACAUUUUGCCAGGCUUUAUCAAAAUUCCUUCAAAAGAAAGGCAAAUAGAGGUGGUGCCUCUUCUGCUAAUGCCCGGGUGGAGUCUCACAUGACUUUAAAAAAUGAUGAUGAGGCAGGGCCUUCACGAAAAUAUGAUGAUAAUGUUGAAGCUAAUUUGGCUUUGAAAAGAUGACGAUUUUGAUGGGCUUGAUGAUAUUACUCAUUUGGAUGUUGAAGACUUCUUUGGAGAUCAAAAUUGAGAUUUGAUCGUUUCACUGGGGAAUGUGUUAUGUUGUUAUUGUUUAUGUAUUUUAAGUUGUCCUUAUGUUGUUUUAUUUUCGAGUAGUACUUAAGUUCUCUAUGUUUUUUUAUUUUCAAGGAUUAGUACUUAAGUUUUCUGUUGUUAGUUUCCGUAUUUCUUACGAUGUA